UGGAGCCCGGCUGCCCCGGCGCGCCUGCGCGCUCCCCGGUUUCUUCUGUCCCGUCGUCCUCAGCGCUCUACCGUGCCAGGCCCGAGCGGAGCGGAGAUGGCGCUUCACGUCCCCAAGGCCCCGGGCUUCGCCCAGAUGCUCAAGGAAGGGGCGAAGCAUUAUUCAGGACUAGAAGAAGCUGUCUAUAGGAACAUCCAGGCAUGCAAAGAACUUGCACAAACCACUCGUACAGCCUAUGGACCAAAUGGAAUGAACAAAAUGGUUAUCAAUCAUUUGGAGAAGCUCUUUGUUACAAAUGAUGCUGCUACGAUCUUGAGAGAGUUGGACGUCCAGCAUCCUGCUGCAAAAAUGCUUGUGAUGGCUUCCCACAUGCAAGAGCAAGAAGUUGGAGAUGGAACAAAUUUCGUCCUUGUGUUUGCUGGUCUUCUUCUGGAGUUAGCAGAAGACCUUCUGAGGAUGGGGUUAUCGGUCUCAGAGGUGAUUGAAGGAUAUGAAAAAGGUUGCAAGAAAGCCCUAGAAAUUCUUCCAGACUUGGUGUGCUGUUCUGCAAAGAACCUUCGAGAUGUUGAAGAAGUGGCAUCUUUGUUGCACACUUCGGUGAUGAGCAAGCAGUAUGGCAAUGAGCAUUUUUUGGCAAAGCUUAUUGCUCAGGCCUGUGUUUCUAUUCUUUCGGAUUCUGGCCAUUUCAACGUUGAUAAUAUCAGAGUGUGCAAAAUUGUGGGUGCUGGUAUCUCUGCUUCCUCAGUACUGCAUGGCAUGGUUUUUAAAAAAGAAACUGAAGGAGAUGUCACUUCUGUCAAAGAUGCAAAAAUAGCUGUGUAUUCCUGCCCUUUUGAUGCUAUGAUAACUGAAACUAAGGGCACUGUACUUAUAAAGAAUGCUGAAGAGCUGAUGAAUUUCAGUAAGGGAGAAGAAAAUCUAAUGGAUUUGCAAGUGAAAGCUAUUGCUGAUAGUGGUGCAAAUGUAGUAGUAACAGGUGGCAAAGUGGCAGACAUGGCACUUCAUUAUGCCAACAAAUACAAUCUUAUGUUAGUCAGGUUGAACUCAAAGUGGGAUCUGAGAAGACUCUGCAAAACUGUUGGUGCAACAGCCCUACCCAGACUGACUCCCCCUACUCUAGAAGAAAUGGGUCACUGUGACAGCGUAUAUUUAUCAGAGAUUGGGGAUACGCAGGUGGUUGUGUUUAAGCAUGAAAAAGAGGAUGGUGCCAUUUCUACUAUCCUCAUUCGUGGGUCUACAGACAAUCUGAUGGAUGACAUAGAGCGAGCAGUGGAUGAUGGUGUAAAUACUUUCAAAGUACUCACAAGGGAUAAACGUCUUGUUCCUGGAGGUGGUGCAACAGAAAUUGAAUUAGCCAAGCAGAUCACAUCCUAUGGAGAGACUUGUCCUGGGCUUGACCAGUAUGCCAUCAAGAAGUUUGCUGAGGCAUUUGAAGCCAUUCCUCGAGCGCUGGCAGAAAACUCUGGAGUAAAGGCUAAUGAGGUCAUCUCCAAACUUUAUGCUGUGCAUCAGGAAGGGAACAAAAAUGUUGGAUUUGAUAUUGAGGCCGAAGCUGCUGCUGUGAAGGAUAUGUUGGAAGCUGGUGUACUAGACACAUACCUUGGAAAAUCCUGGGGUAUCAAGCUAGCUACAAAUGCAGCAGUAACCGUCCUAAGGGUAGAUCAGAUUAUUAUGGCAAAACCAGCAGGCGGUCCAAAAGCCCCUAAGCAACAAGGACAUUGGGAUAAGGAUGACUGGAAAGAUGAACCUGAAAAAUAGUAUGCAGUAAGCUCUGUCUCUAGCAGAGAGGUAUCUGUGUGUGAGCACAUGCAUGAGUAUACAUUGACAAGCACAUGGCAGAUAAGUUUCUUGAGGACACAUGACACUGCUGUCUUAGGUGUGCUGAUUGCUACGUUUUGUAUUUGUGCCUUUGCAAAGGAAUUUUACUCCUAAAACCAAGCUUCAAUGAAGGGAUGACAAGUGCAGUUUUAGUUUUGUUUUACUUGUCGCUAUGGCAAGUACAGAAAAAGAGCCUUUAACAUGGUAGGACGAGUGUACUUCAGGCAUUUAAAGUGUGACUCAAAGUUUAGACUAUAAUUCAGACUAAUAGCUCUGAUAAUCCUGCUUUCUGUAGUGUGCAUCCUGGAAACCCAUCACUUCUGUUCAAGUGCUCACUUUCUGUAGACUAACCAAAGUCUUACUUUGCAUGCAAAAAUGACGUAAAAGCCCUUUUCUUGUGUACCAGGGCUCAGCUUCUGCUAUUUACAAGAAAAAAAA